UCCUCUCAGCAGACCUCAGCUACUUCUUAAACCUACUGGCUAGUCCCUGAAGACCCUGGAGGAUGAUAGCUGAUUGCUGGGUCUUCUUUCUUUCUCACCCAACAAGUCCAAAGGCAGGUUAAAUGUGGCAGCAGGAGAAUAGUAAGACUUCCCCACAUCCCUUCUUCUGGGACAUGAAUGUAGAGGUCAAGGUCCUUAGCUGAACAUCAAAGAAACAUGUGGCUCAGGUUCUGUUCUCAAGUUGGGACAAAAUUGGGGGGAAAUUCUGGUAUUUGAGGCUUGCACUUUCCUAAUCCCUGCAAGUUGUUCCUCAACCCUGGUUAAAAUAAUGGACCGAGAACCAGUUCCACUCUGCUCGUGUGUGUGACAGAAAUGGAAAUGUUACGAUGAGCAAGAGGAGGAGGAGGGGACAAGAGGUGCCAGGGCUGUGCUGACACACCAAAAGGCUGCUGAUCAUAAGUAGAACUUCAUCUCACUGGCCAGGAGCUUUCUUCAUGCAGGGACAGUUUGGAGAUACGAUUUGGAAAAUGAAUUUUAGGGGGACUUUUCUAGCCAAGUGCCUGGUGGUUUUAUUCUCCUGUGUAAAAGGUUCUGCAGACGAAGCCCAUAAAACGUAUGGUGUUCUGGGUGGUUCUGUUUUCUUGAAUAUUAUUGGCUUCAAAGUGGAAAAGCAACAUGAAAUAACAUGGCUCAAAAAUGCAUCAUUCCUCGUGAAAGUCAAAAAUUCUACAAUGAAAUAUUACAGGGAAAAGGAAAAGUAUAAGAUGUUCCAUAAUGGAACCCUGCAAAUAGACCACCUGGUGGAAGAGGACAGGGGAAAUUACAAAGUGAACGUGUACGACAAGGGAAAGCUGCAAAUUGAGAAGAACUUAAAUCUGAGCUUUCAGGAAAUUGUCUCUAAACCAGAAAUCAAAUGGAUAUGUUUACAAAAUUCCAUAAAGGUGACAUGUGAGGUGAAUCAGACAAACCAAACUACUUUUCAUUUGUAUCAAAAUAACAAGGAGCUGAAUUUAAACCCACACAUAGAUGCAAAUGGCAUAUGGAAGAUUGAAUACAGCUUCAAAAACAGUAUUGCAAAGUUCCAAUGUGAAGUUAAAAAUGACGUUAGCAAGAAAACGGCUGACCAGGAAAUCAAAUGUUCAGGGCUGCUGAACAUUGUUCUCAUUGGGAGCAUUGCAGGAGGUGCAGUUGUCUUUGUCAUCUUUUUGGCUCUGCUGAUUUACUGUAUCAGGAAGAAGAGAGCAGAAAGAUAUGAAGAACAAGAUGAGGAGACACCGAUGAAAAUUCGACAAAUGGGCGAUGAAUUGAAAUAUCGGGAGCUUCCUCAACCUCCAGUUCAUGCUCCCCAGAAGCAGGCACACCAGCAGCAGAGACUCCCUCCACAGUCUCAAACUCAGUACCAGGAAGGGCUCCCCCGGCCCAAGCCACGCACUCAGCAGAAGUCUCCAAGCCACAUGAAAGAAAGACCAUAAGCAUUUGUCCUAGAGGAACAGACCCUGUCCCAUUACCUGCUCUGGUGGGACCCACCACAAAAAUAACCUUGCAAAUAGCCAGCAAUCCCCCAGAUUGGUCGCUUUCGUUGUGGGAGAUCACUGUCUAUACUGAAUGGCUGAUGAAAAGGCUCAACGAUGGAGACACGAGGUGAUCACAGCUCAUUACCUUGGCCAUUAUCUUCAAGUGACUCCAUGCUAAUGUGGGACAUUUAGUCCUGAAAUCUGCUUCCUUUUUGCUUCAUUUGGUUGGACCUCUCCUUGCCAUCUUCUGGUCAAAUUAUUUAUUUAAUUUUUUUGAGAAGGCCCUAAGACUCUAUUGAGAUGACUUUCAUCACGUCUCUCUUCCUAUACCUGCACUCCCAACCAAACACCUGUCUAGUUGCUGCAGCCAGUCAUUUGAUCAUGUGGAGAGGAAAACAGGUGUGUUAAUUGUCUGACAUACUGGAGUGCUGGCAAGAAACUGCAACUUUAUUUCUUGGCUGUGACAUGACCUGGUUCAGGGUUCCCAAGGCAGAUAUGCUUGUUACAUGACAGGAGCCAAUAUCCAUUGGUGUGUGAGGUUUCUGUAGCACAGUAAUACAUACUACCAACCAAAACCAAGUAGUCUAAUUAAUAACUACUUUCUCUGAACCUUGUUGGCUCUCUCAUCCCAUGGCCACUUUGUGCUCUCAAAAGAGGCCUGCUCAGCUACUAUGGUUGGUGUGUCACCUGGAGCCAGUCACAUGUACUUGAGAGGAAGAAUUCAGCCUCUUUUUUUUCUGUGAUAUUACUUGCUUCCAGGAAAAUCUGCAAAUGCUGCAGUGGUGUCUUCUGCUCCUCUCCCAGAGCCCGUCCACACUGAGGGAUUUAGGAGGCCUCGUUUGCUCCAUUUCUGUCAUGGAGUUAGUUUAGGUCUGAUGCCACAUAAUCUAUCUGACCCACAGGAGUGCCCCAGUCCAUGACCUGCGUCAGCAUUCUGAAAGCAAAUAGCCUUGUAUUGACGCAGGUCAGGGGACUCAGCAGUUCCAGUAACUGCGAGGUGUAUAACCAGGGUAUUUACACAUAACUAUGAAGACCUCUUGCUUUGACAAAGGAGGACAUGCUCGUCUGGACUGCAGUCAGCACCCCGUGUCUCUAGGACACAGGGUGUAGUGGGAAAGACCUUCUUGCUUAUUCAUAGGCAACGCAUGUGGGGGGUAUGCAGAGGCACUGCCCCCUCUUCCCCCCUGCAGAUUUCUGCUUGGACUGCUGGGAGGAGGGAGAGGGGCUUUGUGCUUCUGAUGUGUCUGACCCCCUGCAUGUCCUGCCAAGGGGCCAGUUGUUGUACUUUGCUUUUUCCUCAGAAGCUGGCCUGUAUGGAUGGAACACCUGGCCCAAGUUUAUGCAGUGUGUGAUAAUGGUUUGACUAUUUUAAUGUUUAUUUUUUUAAAAUGGCUUGCACUCCAUUUUGUAUAUGAGAUAUCAUCAUAAAUAAAGAUUAGAGAGUG